UUAACUGUACUAUACGCUAAGAGUUCCUGCAUGUUUAUAUCUUGGACAAUUUGAUGAUUUGAUGAUAUUACUUUAGAUGAUAUCUAUUGUUCAGGUAGAGAUUGUCUCAAUUACGCCUCUCGACCAAUCACAGAACGCGCACCUGUAAUAGGCCACGCCUACCAAGCUAUAUCGGCUUCUGAUUGGUUGACACAGUAGUGAUAAGUGACAGACAAGAGAAGACGUCCCAUGAUUCGAGGGUACUUGAAUUACAAGUUUGUAAACAAAUGUAACCUCGGCAGUGUGAUAUAUAGUAGCGAACGGAUCAUAACGCUCUCUUACAAUCUUCACGCUGGAGAAGACGACGUUCUUGGAUAAUACCUUUCCCAUGUUAGAUUCAUCAGCCACGUGUGAUUUAGGCGAGCGUAGUGCUGGCAGUCCGAUAGAUAUGAAAUCCAAUCAAGUAGAUAUUAAUCAUCUGUUGACCGCUGUGGAUACUGAGAUGACAAUGGGGAGUGAAAAGGGUGACCCCACUGAACGACAACUCUCAGUGAAAUUAGAAGACAGAUCAUUAUGGGAGAAAUUUAAGGAAUUUACGAAUGAGAUGAUAGUUACAAAAAAUGGCAGGCGUAUGUUUCCUGUAUUCCGUGUCUCAGUGUCCGGUGUAGACCCGAAUGCCAUGUACACGUUGCUAUUGGAUUUUGUUCAAGUGGAUAACCAUAGGUGGAAAUAUGUAAAUGGAGACUGGGUACCCGGGGGUAAAGCGGAACCUGCUGCCCCAAAUUGUGUUUACAUACAUCCAGAUUCUCCUAAUUUCGGAGCCCACUGGAUGAAAGAACCCUUGUCUUUUAGUAAAGUUAAACUCACCAAUAAAUUAAAUGGAGGCGGACAGAUUAUGUUAAAUUCCCUUCACAAAUAUGAACCUCGAAUUCAUAUAGUCCGGGUAAAUUCUCGUACUCAGAAGAAGAGUAUUAUGACGUUCAGCUUCCCAGAGACACAAUUUAUAGCCGUCACAGCAUAUCAAAACGAAGAGAUCACAUCCUUAAAAAUCAAACACAACCCCUUUGCCAAAGCCUUUUUAGAUGCCAAAGAAAGACCCGAUCAACGAGAAUUUAUAGACGAUCCAUUAAUGAGUGACCAAAGAACCUUUUCACAUUUAACGGGUACGUGGUAUUUACCACCCGGAAGUCAUGCUCUAGUCCCCCCUCCAGCUCACCAAUUCACCAACCCACUGGGUUUGUCGAAUCCACAUGGUUGUGAUAGAUUAUCAUUGAGGAACCCCCGACCAUCACCAUACUCUCAUCCUUAUCAACGACGAUCACCGCCUGGUAAUUUCUCAAGGGAUAUGGGCUCCAACCUACCGAUGUUAAACCUCACAGAAAACUGGGCACAUAUGUCAGCCAGCAGUCAUGGCAUGUUACCUAGCAACUCAGGUGGCGGUCAAGGCAACUAUGGAAUGUGGAUGAGCGGUGCUGUUGGAAAUUUAUCACCCAAUCAGAAUUGUGCAAUGCCUUAUCUCCGAACGACAGCUCCAUACUCAUUCCCAUCAUCGACAACCACAGUAACUAGCAUACCACCUGUGCCAUCAGCCUCUAGUGUCGUCUCUCAAUCUUCAUACGAACAUCCGUGUGAUAUCUCUACGUAUGUCACUGCUCGAGAUGGCGCUCGUACGAACUGGAGUCCGUUAACCCCUCCGCCAUUAUGAGUAGAACACGUCGCCUAGGGUGACAAUCCAUUUCUUGACUGUGAUAUUGAAACUGCAGGGCGCUAUGCAUCAGUGCUUCCUUUGAUAAACUAAAUGGUUUCUAAUGAGCCUAUCAUGGUUGUUAAUGUCACCAUUUAACCCCUCAGCACGAUCGGUUUUAUUCUUUUACCAAAACAUAUCAACGACAGCCAUUUUCAGCUCAUUCUUCAUUUAUUUAAUAAAGAUGGCAGCCGGAAUGACACGAGAAAUUAUAGUGUUGACAUGAUGUAUGCUGGUUGUCUCCGGUUUGAGGGGCGCUGAUUGAAAAUGUCUGUUACCCGAAAACACGCAAUCAUCAAGAAUGUGACGUUAUGUCGUGGACGAGACAAGUCGAGACGUUAUGAAACCAAAAAGUAUCAUAUGAUAUUACUACUCCGUGACGAGGUCAUUGAGGACAUAUAUGAAAGACGAUCACAAAAAAAGGAACAUUCCACACAAAGAAAUAGAUCUAGAAGAGUGGGCGGCACAAUGUUUGCGAAGUAUGGACGAGGAACGUUUUCAAAUGUUUGACUGCUCAGUGGGAUCCAGUUAUGGCCAUUAUUGUAUAAAACCAAAAUCUAGAGCAAUAAUAAAUUAUUUCUUGAUAAUCGAAUCAAUAUA